AUGCAGCCACAGUUCCGUAACUUCGUGACACAUCCGCGACACUUUGCUGAGCUCCAUGAGACUUCAGCGGGGGUUCGAGGCUCUGUUUGCGGCGUGUGGAGGCGCCACGGCCGGGGUCAUGGUGCUCCCGUCUACCGGGGGAUGGAGGCUGUUGCUGCCCGCCUCCCUGGAGCUCCAAAGCGGAGUGAAGAGGACGGCGACCCGGGGGGAGUGUCAUACAGCGCGUACUAA